UAUACUCAUCCCUCCUUUACGCCUCAUUCCUUAUCUCCAUCUUCACCAUUUCACAAAAAUCCCCAAUUCACAACAAAUCCCACAUUCCCGUCGCUCCACCACAACUCCGCCAGUCGACGAUUCGUCCUCAGCGUUCAUCCCGGAGCUCCGCCCUCCGUAGUGCACCGCAGCCGUCGUCGAUGUCGGAGUGGAGGUAUCUCUCCACCAUCGCGUCGAUCUUCACGCCGGCGGCCUCUUCCGUUUCUCCGUCGUCGUCGGUUCGGCCACAGCAGCUGCGGUCAGCCACCGCCACCAUUCCUCCAUCGCAUCGUAGGCAUCGUUGCCGUCGGCAGUUGAAGCACACAGCCGUCGCUGCUGUUUUCCGCUGUACCCGACGCCGCUGCACAGAGUCGUCGGCUUCUGCUCGCCGGGGUAACGACGCUGUCGUCGACUUCUGUUACAAGCUGCGUUCGCUGCUGUGCAGCCCCCUCGCCGGGAAGGUGCCGCUGUACCGUCGGUGCCGGGAGACGCGACGCUGCUGCUGUCUCGCCGGGAAGACGCGACGCCGCUGCUGUCCGUCGGUCAGUCUCUGCCUCUCCGUUGCCCCGAUUUACCCCGAAACUGCCCCGACUCCUCCGUUACCAACCCGAUUCGUUAAAGAUCACGGAGAAGGAAAAUCUCAUCACGGAGGAGGAAUAUCUCUGAAAAAAUCUUUAUUUAAUAUUUGAAUUAAUGUCGGUUGAUGAUCAAUCAACAGGGAGAAUAAAUAUUUGAUUAGAUUAGUUUAAUUCGCAGUCCAUUGUAUUUUAUUUUUAAAUUGUGCAGUUCACAAUUUAUUUAUCACGGACUGGAUUGUUAUAUUAUUUAUUCAAUUUCUUCGAUCCA